AUGGAAGCAACCAAGAACAAUGAGGGCAAGACCACAAGACAAAAGUUCACUGCUGAAGAAGAUUCACGCUUAAUUGAAUUAGUCCGCAUUCAUGGAAAUAGAGCAUGGAAGAAAAUUGCUUCUAUUAUGAAAACUAGAACAACCAGACAAUGCCGUGAACGUUACAUCAACUACCUUUCACCAGAUGUUACAAACGGCCCGUGGAGUGUCCAGGAAGAUUCCCUUCUCAUUGAAAAAGUGCACGAAAUGGGUCCAAAGUGGUCUAAAAUCGCCAAGUUCUUCCAGAACAGAUCCGAUGUUAACAUUAAGAACAGGUAUGCACUCUUUGUUUCGAAGGGAAAAGCUCCAGCACUACCACUACAUCAUCGUGAAAACUCAAAGGAAACUAAGCCACCAACACCAGAGCAAAUUCCAAUCAAAAUGCAACCAAUUAAUGUUGAUGAUUUGUUUGAUUCAGUCUGCAAUGAAGAAGAAGAACAAAAUCAACUCCAACUCGGUGUUAGUGAACCCGAGCAAAUAGAUUGGAAUGAGACAUUCGAUUUCUCAUUCUUCUAA